UUUAAUUAUUAUUAUACAUAUGUUUAGAAUUGGACGAAUAUUCCCCAUUUCAGUUCCACCUGCUCAUCCAAAUCCACUAACAAGAGUAUUUUUUGAUAUUGAUGUAGGUGGUAAUCCUUUAGGCAGAAUAGUUUUUUAAGUAUAUAUAUAUUUGAUUAAUAAUAUAGCUCUUUGAUAAUGUAGCACCAAAGACAGCAACAAACUUUUUGAGAAUUGCUUAAGGAGUUUAAGUAGAUGGCAAGAAACUUCAUUAUGAAGGUUCAUAAAUAAAUAAGAUUUUACCAUUUAGAGGAUUAUGGGGUGGUACAUUAGGAGGAUCUAUCUAUGGAAGAACUUUCCCUGAUGAAAAUUAUAGAAUCAAACAUGAUAGAGCAGGAUUACUCACAACUUCAAAUCCUAAAAUCAAUAGCAAUGAUGCUGGAUUCAUAAUUACUUUAGGUCCUGCUGAAUGGUUAGAUAGAAAAUCAGUUGCUUUUGGAGAAGUUAUAUAUGGAUUUUAACAUGUCAGAGCUAUUGAAAAAUUAGGUAAUCGUACUUUUUAUACUUUUUAUUAGGUGGAUUAUCUGGGGCUCCUAAAAAGACUGUUCUUAUUAAACAUAGUGGAAUCAUUACUGAACAUGAAUAUCAUAAAUAUGAUGCAAUUGAAGAACCAAAUAUUUGGAAUUUGUAAAGUCAUCAUUGAUACAUAUUCAAUAACAUAAUAAUAUCAAAAAGCAGCU